UCUUGUUUUUUUCCACCUCAGUCGAAAGCCUUCUCUCUCUCUACCUCUCGCGCACUGCAGUUUCUUAGGGUUAGGGUUUUUGAGUUAAGAGUCCCCAAAAAUGCAAGGCAUGGAUCCAACGAAGAAAAGGAAGCUGGAUGAAAACGGGAUCGUUUCAACCCAAUCGGAACCCGACCCGAUCACCAAACUAACCCCACAAGACGGCCGCAAACUAAUCGAGCGAUUCUCGGUCGACCAACUCCUCGACAUCCUCCAAGACGCCGUGUCUCGCCACGUGGACGUCCUUGCUGCUGUUCGAUCUGUAGCCGACCAAGACCCGGCUCAACGGAAGCUCUUUAUCCGCGGCUUGGGUUGGGAUACUACCACUGACGGCCUCCGUUCACUUUUUUCCGUCUAUGGGGAACUCGAGGAAGCGGUUGUUAUUCUCGACAAGGCCACCGGGAAGUCGAAAGGGUAUGGAUUCGUUACGUUCAAGCACGUCGAUGGUGCUUUGCUUGCUCUCAAAGAACCCAGUAAGAAAAUCGACGGGAGAGUCACGGUGACGCAGUUGGCGGCCGCGGGGAAUUCGGGGACUAAUAAUAACCCUGUGGAUGUUCAUAUGAGAAAGAUUUAUGUAGCCAAUGUGCCGUACGAUAUGCCGGCUGAUAAGUUAUUGGGUCAUUUUGCUCAGUAUGGGGAAAUAGAAGAGGGUCCUUUGGGGUUCGAUAAGCAGACCGGGAAAUCAAGGGGAUUUGCUCUUUUUGUUUAUAAGACGGCGGAAGGGGCUCAGGCGGCAUUGGUGGAGCCAGUGAAGAACAUUGAUGGGAGACAGAUGAAUUGUAAGUUGGCUAUUGAAGGGAAAAAGGGGAAGCCGGGACAAGAUGGGAUGAUGCAAAGUGGGGGUGGCGCUCCAGGCAAUGCUGAGAUGGGGAUUGGAGGGCAUGGGGGAGGAUAUGGUGGGCCUGGUGGACCUGGCGGUUUGGGUGGUUACGGUGGGUAUUCUGCUGGGUUGCAAGGGCCGCCGGGUCCAAUGGGCCAGCCUCAUCACUUGAAUUCAUCAGGAGUUGGAGUGGGAGCUUUGAGUGGGAGUGGAGGAGGUGCUGGUAGUGGGGGGUAUGGUUCUGGGCUUGGUGGGCUGUAUGGUGGGUAUGGUGCUCCUGGUUCAACUGGCUAUGGGUUAAGUGGUGCUGGUGCGGGGAGUGGGUUGACUGGUGCUGGUGGAGGGUCUUCGUUGUAUAGGUUGCCGCCAAGUUCUGUUGGGAUGCCAACAGGUGGAUAUCCGGAGAGUGCUCAUUAUAGCUUGUCUUCGUCAUCUGCUUUCCCUAGUCAGCAUCACCAAGGAGCUGGGACAUCCCCUGUGCCAAGAGUUCCACCUGGUGGAAUGUAUCCAAAUGGACCACCUUUCUACUGAGGUUUAUGACAGCUUGUUGGGCGCAGAUGCUUUUUGUGGUUCUGGUGAUUGCGUGAAUGCAGACUAUUUAUACUCUGGCUUGAUGAAUGUAUUAGCUGGGCUUUUUUACAGCCACUUCUCUUGAUCUGAGCCUUUAAGAUGUUAAUUUCUUAGUGCUGGUUGGCAAAACUUGUGAUCUAGACUAGUUUUCUAUGUUUUAUGAGGAACCUAUUUUCCAGUGGGACCUUUUAGUCAUUAGUAUAGUUUUAAUAAUAUAAGUAGUGACAAAAUCUUUUGCCUAUU